AUGAGUUUAAUCAGAGAUGUAGAAGAUGCAUUCGUAGACCGUGGGGCCGAUAAUUUUGUUAACGAUAUUAUUCCAGGUGGCAAUGGUUUGAUUGGUGGCACUGUUCAAACUGGUGUUGAUCAAUUUAUCAAUAAUGACAUUAAUAGAGACCUUGGUGGUGGACUCGGAAGUGGUGGUGGAUUUGGAAAUGGUGGUGGAAUCUUUUAA